CUGGUUGCCAAGGCCGCAGGUGGUGUGGAUCCGGAAGCAGGAAGCAGGUUGAGCUCCCAAGGACCUGGGAUCUGCCUGGCUGGAGGAGUGGAGGUCUCGGGAGGCAGGUGACUCCUGCCAAGAUGGGUCUGUCCACCGAGGAGCUGGGGAGAGAGCUGGAGGCCACGGCUCAGGAAGUGCUGGGGAAGAUAAAGAGCCGCCAGCUGUUCCAGUCGGAAUGGGACACGGCUGCUUUCGUGGUCUUCCUGGUCUUCGUGGGCACCGUGCUGUUGCUGCUGCUCCUGGUCAUUGCCCACUGCUGCUGCCGCUGCUGCUGCCCCUCCACCAGCUCCGGGAAGGAAAAACCCAGGGGAAUGGAUAACUUGGCCCUGGAACCUUAGCGCCAGCCUCCAGGCACAUGUGGAUGGGUGGCCGUAACAAAGCCUGUGUUUGCUGGAAA